AUGGCUCACGCUAACCCUGUGCCUAAACUAUACAAGUCUAUUAUUGAAGAUGUGAUUGAAGGUGUGCGGGAGCUCUUUGCAGAAGAAGGUGUAGAGGAACAGGUUCUGAAAGACUUGAAGCAGCUUUGGGAAACCAAGGUGAUGCAGUCUAAAGCAACAGAAGGCUUCUUCAGACAUAGCCACCAUUCUCCACAGUUUACCCUGCAGUUGCCGCACAAUUUUCACCGUGUUCUGCAGGCUUCAGCAGCUUCUUUAGUCAUCCCAACUGGCAGAGGCUUUCCACAUUUCACGGCAGCAGACAUGGGCGCUUCACGAGCGGGUGCAACUCUUACUCUCCCUUCGGGUAUUGCUUAUCCUAUACAUGUGCCGGCUGGAGUGACGCUACAGACAGCAGCUGGGCAGCUUUAUAAGGUAAAUGUGCCUGUUAUGGUUACACAGGCCCCAGGAGAUGCAAGUGUUCUACAUCAUCCUGUUCAGCAGAUAUUUCAGUCCCUUGGGCAGCCUUCAGUUCUGCAAGCCAGCAUUGCCAGUGUUGCACAGGUGAAUGCAUCUUCUGCCCAGGCAGCUGCUGAAACACUGCAACCUCAGGAGACUGCUGUCCAACAGAUCAUGCUAUUUCAACCAAAUGUUGUGGAAAAAAAACACCUGGAGAACUCUGCUAAUACUACAUCGGUCCAGCAGCCUUCUGUGAGUCAGCAGCAACUUGCAACUAAUGCAGUGUUGAAUCAGUGUGCAGACUCAACAGAAAAAUCCCAGCACGGCAGUCUUCACACAGCUGUGUUUACUCCAGAAUCCUCUGAAGGGUUUUCUCCUGCUGAAUCCUUGGCAAACAACUCAAGCAGUCUAAUGCUGGAUGUGGAGGGGCAGUUAGACAUUGAGCCUCAGGGGUUGGUGCAGCAGCAGGUGUCUGAUGAUAUCAUUGACCUAAUUAUCACAGGCAAAAGUUUGGAUGACAGCACCGUUCUGAAAGAUCAGGGCAGCAUUGCUUCCUCUGACAAGAUGGAACCUACUGAGCAGAUGGAAUCUAAUUUACGGUCAGAGAAGGAUAUCUGCAGUGACAUUGAAGGCAUAAUUCAGCUAGAUGGUACUGGUGAUGUUUCUCCCAGGGAAGAAAUACCACAUACAAAAGAUAGGGAAGAGAAUGAAUUCAUUGGCUUUAUUGAAUCAGAGGAUCUAAAAGCUCUGGAGGAUGAGGAUGAGGAAGACGAUGAUGAAGAAUGUGACAGUAUUUCAAACACGGAGUCUAGCAGCAGUGGUGGUGAUAAUGAAGAGCCCCAAAUAGAAAUAGUUGAGGAGGACCCCUUAAAUUCUGGUGAUGAUGUCAGUGAACAGGACAUUCCAGACUUGUUUGACACCGACAAUGUGAUAGUUUGUCAGUAUGACAAGAUACAUCGAAGUAAGAACAAAUGGAAGUUCUACUUAAAAGAUGGAGUGAUGUCCUUUGAGGGUAAAGACCAUGUUUUCGCAAAAGCCGUUGGAGAUGCAGAGUGGUGAAACCUCACAUAAGUAUGUACUUUAAGACUGUGGCAUUAUU